AUGAGUCUCGAAGUCUACGUUGAAAGUCAGCGCGAAUUUUAUGUUGACGUGUACAAUGCAUUGACUUCGACUGGUAAAACAAAGAACAUAAUGUUCUCGCCUUACAGUCUGAGUAAUGUCUUAUUUACGUUGCAUGUAGGUGCUCGCGGAUCUAACGCCAAACAAAUUGAAACGUGUCUGGAAGUUGUAAUGAUUUUCAUCUCAAAAACAGAUCUUUGCAGAACGCCGAACGAAGGUGAAAAGAAAUACGCGUUACAUAAAUCCAACGCUAUUUUUGCUGACAAUCGAGAAAAAUUAUAUGAACCUCAUCGAAGCGUUUUACGGCGCCAAAUUCUCCAAAUACCUUAUAAAUAUGGCGCAUCGAUGUACACUAUCCUCCCGUCAUCGCAGAAUGACACCAUGCAAACAUUAAUGACGGCAGAUAGAUUGACGAAUCAAAUAUUUGCGAAAGCGUACAAAUCUGAAGUUAAUUUAUGGUUACCUAAAUUAAAGAUCGAGUUUCCGCUAAAGGAAAUUAUGACGAAAUUGAACAUGACGGACAUGUUCGAAGCGAGAAAAGCAAACCUAUCGGAAUUAGCAGAACAUUUACACGUAAAUGACUGUAUUCAAAAAGUUGUUUUAGACAUCGACGAAGAAGGGACAGUGGCAGCGGCCGCUACUACGAUGUCGUGUGGAUUGCUUUGUUCGAGACCACAACCUAUUGAUUUCAAAGUCGAUCGCCCGUUUUUGUCUAUGAUACGAGACGAUGCAACGGGUCUAGAUUUGUUUUUAGGGACUGUUACAGAUAUGUCGACAUGA